UCGGCGACGCGGCAAUCGUAAACCCUCCAACCUUAAACUUAAAACGAUGUUUUAUACCGGUCCACGUUAAUGUUUCAAGUAUGGACAUUCCGAGGUUUUGAUAUUGCUCGUAUAAAGAAAUGUGUAAGGGGACUGGAUCUGGCCAGUCGCCACUUGGAGCUGGUAGCAUUCGGAGCGGAAAGAUGAGUGCACCCACGGAUUACCUGUUCUGCCCGCUGGCAUAUGGGUCAGCUCUUUCGGCCAUCGGAAUCUAUCUGCUCCGACAAUAUAUGCAGGGAGGUCAGUUCACCACGAAAACGAAUGAGACCGGCAGAGUGGCGAUUGUGACCGGCUGCAACCAGGGGAUUGGCAAGGAGACCGUUCUGGAGCUGGCCCGCAGGGGAGCUACCGUGUACAUGGCUUGUCGGGACAUGAAGAAGUGCGAGAAUGCCCGUCGGGAGAUCAUCAAAGCGACCAACAACCAGAACAUCUUCGCACGCCAAUUGGACCUGUGCUCCAUGAAGUCCAUUAGGAACUUCGCUGCUGGCUUUAAGCGGGAGCAAAACAAGCUUCACAUUCUUAUCAACAACGCCGGCAUUAUGGACUGCCCCAAAAUGCUGACGGAGGACGGAUUUGAAAUGCAAAUCGGAGUGAAUCACAUGGGCCACUUCCUCCUCACACUUCUGCUUCUCGAUGUCCUGAAGAGUUCCGCGCCCAGUCGCGUUGUGGUCCUGUCCAGCAUUGCUCACCGCUUCGGAAGGAUUAAGCGUGACGACCUGAACAGCGAAAAGUCCUAUGACAGAAAGAUGGCCUACUGUCAGAGCAAAUUGGCCAACGUCCUCUUCACCAGGGAGUUGGCGAAACGCCUGAGCGGAACAGGGGUCACGGUAAAUGCCCUACAUCCCGGAGUAGUAAACACGGAACUGUUCCGCAAUACACCCUUUUUGGGUUCGUGGUUUGGAAAAUUGCUCAUAGCCCCUAUUAUAUGGAUAUUCAUAAAGACGGCUAGGAAUGGCGCACAGACGACCCUGUACGCUGCCCUGGAUCCCAGUUUGGAAAAAGUAUCUGGAAGAUACUUCAGCGAUUGCAAGCAGAAGCACGUGGGCUCGGCCGCCCAGUAUGACGAUGAUGCCCAAUUCCUAUGGGCGGAAAGUGAAAAGUGGACGGGAAUUAAUAUAUGAGCAACUUUAUGACUCUUUUAACUCUUACCCUGUAUUGUUGAAAUACAUUUAAUAGAAUAAGCUAAAUGAGCUAGAUGUUCUGUUCAACUUUUGUAAAAACAUUACAAACAUUUUAAAAACAUUUGGCUGGAAGUCUUGGAACCAGUUAUCUGAGUAAUCUUAAAUAAACUGAUUUAGUAAUUGCAUUUUUUAAAUAAACAUUUAGUUAACGUUGCCUUGGC